UAACGGACAGCCAGCGAGCUGACAAGCCCGCCCGGAAUCGGAUCUCCUGUCACCGGGCUUGCUUGUUGUCAUUUUCGCGCAGAGGACGGAGACGCGCAGCCGGAGCGCAGACAGAAGGGGCUGUGACCGGUUCUGGACUUGCUAAACCGGACCCGGGGACAAACACCAGGGCUUCUAUUAUGGCACCAUGUAACAGGUGUUCCUUCCCUGGUGCAGAAACAAGGAUGGCCCCGUGAGCACACUUGCCGCCGGGACUCCCGCUGACAUCAAACUGAGCACGUGCAGACCAUCAGCUAGGCCAGAUGUCUUUUUUUGAGAAAAAACUGAAUGACUUUUGAAGCUACAGAAAGAGGAUCUACAAGCACUUUUACCUAAAGAAAAAUCACUCAAGGAUCUUUCUGCCUUUAGAUGAACUGGACAGAAAAACAACGCACAACAACAUUAGCGUGUUUACAAAAUGGCAAAAGGAGAGAAACAUUUCUGAUGUUAUCCACUAAAGCUACCGUUUUAUUUCCACCUCUUAAUUCCUUUUUCCAGCCUGGCUCUACAAUCAGUCUAUUUAAGCGAUGGAUGGGUACUUCCUGUUUCUGUGAACUUGGCGGCAGCCCUCAAAGGUUCAGCUAUCAUGCCUGGUAGACUGGGGAACUGGUAACCCUCCAGAACCCGCCUUCCCAACUCCCCCACCAUCCCCUCUCUCCUCCCUCUUCUAACCCACAGAAGAGCUUCACAAAAAUGGAGGCUCGUGAAUCAGCUGCCGCUGGGCAGAAGUGCUCAAAUAAGGAACCAGUGAAAGAGAGGGUGCCUCUGCAAAGAAAGUGGGCGUCCGAGCCCUCUGCAACAACCAAACGAAGCACUUUUGCUGACCCUGAGACAAAACACCAUGAGAGUUUGCCGUGUGGUGCCACUGGGGGAUCAGCACCUCAGCAGAAGUACGCAAUCACAGGGAAUUCUGGAAAGCUGCUAUCUGGACCCUCUGCAGUUGGGGCCAUUGGAGGCCCACCAUCUCAAGACCCCCAAGGGCCCUUUGCUCAGGGGUUCCCAAGGGGAUACUCCUACCAGCUGGGCCAGCCAUACCCUCAGCACCCCCAGACUGAGCGCUUCCUCUCAGGAGCCAAACCACAGCCAGGCCUAGAGCCUCAUGCCUGGCCAUUUGCUGGCCAGUUGCCUUCAGAUGACCUGUACCCUGUAGGACACCCAGGACAUACUCACCCUCAUGGGGCUGGGGCAGGGAGGUUUCCUCGACAGAAAUCUCCCAGUUUACCCAGUUCCUUCGGACAGUAUUCUCAGUCAGGCCCUGAGCCAGGUGAGGAGGGCUACAGCAAAAAAGAGCAGAAGCCGAAAAAGCCUGGUAAGUACAUCUGUCACUAUUGUGGGAGAGCUUGUGCCAAGCCCAGUGUCCUGAAGAAGCACAUCCGUUCACAUACUGGAGAAAGGCCAUAUCCUUGCGUACCCUGUGGCUUUUCCUUCAAAACCAAGAGCAACCUUUACAAGCAUCGCAAGUCUCAUGCUCAUGCCAUCAAGGCUGGACUCGUACCAUUUUCAGAGCUAGCUGUGGCUCGCAGUGGGGACGUGGACCAUGCAUCGCCAGUGGGCGAGGCCGAGGUCCACUCAGAUGGAGAGCAGAGCACUGACACAGAUGAGGAAGGUGUGGAGGGCUCAACCAUGCUGACGGACAAAGACAGCCCUAUCCCACAGAUCUCCUUUGAAGCUGACAAGAAUACAGGUCGUGGGGAACCAGCAUAUGCAGACUCAGCUGAAGAGCUGUCCGUGGGAUCUAUGAAAGUGCCUAUCCUUAUCAUCCCAAAGCCUGGGGGAGUCCCCUCCACAGGGAUGGAGUGCCCACCCUUUCAGGACAUAAAGGGGUCACAUCACAUGUUGGCAUCACAGGCUGGUGGAAGAGCGCAUUCACUGGAUGACUCCCCCACCAUCAAACAGCGUUUGGCCCUGAGACUGAAUGAGAAAAAGGGCCAGGACACUGACUCCGCCGUGUCCCAGUCCCUGAACCUCCUUAGUCCUCACAGCAAAGGCAGCACAGACUCUGGCUACUUUUCUCGAUCCGAGAGUGCAGAACAGCAGAUCAGCCCUCCAAAUACUAAUGUCAAGACGUACGAAGAGAUUAUGUUUGGUCGGACUUGGUACUACCGACCCAACUCCAGAUCCAGACAGUCUAUCACAGUUGGCAAGGCAGGGGCAGACCCAGGCAGCCUGGCUAGCUUAAAGCAAUCAGGUGCUAUUCUGGACAUGGGGAAGAUAGCUGAGGAUCAUAUCUGUUUCAGAGGAGAUGUAGGAAUCUCUGGAGAUCCCAAGCAGUAUCCAACAGGACCCUGUCAAAGCAGUACAGGGCUUCUGGAGCCUCCAUCAGACUCUGGGCCCCUUAUUAGGAGUAACUCAAUGCCAACUUCCUCCCCUCCCAACCUCAGUGUCCCCCCAGGGAUCCGGGGCAGCCACUCUUUCGAUGAGAUGAUGACAACGGAUGAUGUGUUUUACCCACCAGGGCUUCGCAGACUCAGAAGACAGGCUGCGUUUGAACAUUCAGCCAAUGAAGCCCAUGUAGGAGAGGCUGAGGGCUAUGGACACAUGCCCAAGAAUUUAGCUUCAUCCCUGGGUAUGAAGAUUGGUGAGCGAAGCCCAGGAGUCCCAGAGCACAUUGCCUACACCCCAUAUGGUACUAAAGUUAGCAUGUCAGAAAUAGCCACAAGAAAAAGGAGGAAAGAGAAGAGUGUUGGGGAUGAGGAGGACAGCCCUGGACACUGUGACAGUAGCUGUAGUGGUUCAGUGGAGAUGAUUGGGGACUAUGAGUUUAAACAAAGUAGUCUUGAUGGGUCAAGAGCCACCCCAACAGGGAAGGGCUCUCUUCACAGCGCUCACAGCCAGUCUGACAGCUUUGACACCUGUGCCAGCAUGUGCUCUGAGGACAUUGCGUUGUUUCCUGACUCUGAGGGCAGGAAGGCAGCUGGGAAUGUUAUAUCAGUCAUCCAACACACCAACUCCCUCAGCCGGCCAAAUUCCUUUGAGAAGUCAGAGUCCUUUGAGCAGCCAGGAUAUCAGCAUUCAGAUAAAGGUCUAUGUAGCCAGUACUCGGAGCAGUCCGACACAGAGAUCUUUGAAGAUGCUCUGAGUCCCGAUUCUGCCCUACUGAGGACAGAGAGCAUGGAGCAGCAACUGCAGAGUGACAGCGACCUGGCCUCACUUUCAUCUUCAUCAGCUGCAACCUCACCUGGCCAGCCUUAUCACAUCCCACACAAACUAGUCCGACAACCCAACAUCCAAGUUCCUGAGAUCAGAGUGACGGAGGAGCCAGAUAAGCCUGACAAAGAUACAGAAGCUCCAAUGACCAAGGAACCAGAAAAGCAGCAGCAGCAUGUUGAGGAGUUUCAGCUGCCACAGAGGAGUGACACACUCUCCCAGAUGCCAUCAGAAAAGCUCCCACCGAAGAAGAAGAGGCUGCGCCUGACGGACAUGGAACACUCAUCUGGGGAAUCAAGCUUUGAGUCAACCUGCACCAGCCUCUCUCGCAGCCCAAGUCAGGAGAGCAACCUGUCCCACUCCUCUUCCUUCUCCAUGUCCUUUGACAGAGAGGAAAUCCUCAAGUCUGUCUCCCCCACCAAACAGGAUGACUCGUUGGCCUCCGGUGGUGGAGCUAAGCAGUCGGAGUUCCUCACAGUACCCGGCAGCGGUCAUCCCAGCCACCACCAGCAGAGAGAAAUGAGGAGGUCUUCAUCGGAGCAGGCACCAUGUACGCUGCCCACAGAGUUACCCGAAAUGCGCAGCAAAUCCUUUGACUACGGAAGCUUGUCCUCCUCCAGACAGGGAGAGCUAUACUCCAGUGCCUCUGCAGUGAAGGAACGCCGGCGUGGAUAUCUUGUCCGACAGGCCUCACUGAGUGUUUAUCCAGAGGCAGUGGGCCAGGAACCAGGGGGCACUGAGAUGUCAAUCAAACAGGAGAGUUCGGAACACGGGACAUGGUCUGGACCAACAGGAUCCCCCCACAGCAGCACCGAUGUAGCCAGCAGAACCAAGAGGGUUGGCAGUAGCACUGGUAUAGGAUCUCACCAACACCAACAGCACCAUCCGCAUCUCCUCCAGCAGAGUAUCAGUGAGGACAGCCUGCAGGACGAACCACUCUAUGGCAGGUCCCAGCAGCAUCGUCUGCAGGCCCAGGGCUCAUCAUCGGAGGGAGAACAUCCAGGUCAUGAGGUCAUGAGCAAGGAAGUAAUGCAGCAGUACCAGAGCGGUCCCCCCUACUUUUCCUUCCAGCAACCAGGUCUAUUCUGGAGUCAGGAGGCCGGGCAGACACCCAGACAGCAGCUGGCCCAGCAGCAACUCCAAAAGCUCCACAGCAGAUCACCAAGCACCCUGCCCGGACACCCACCACACAAACAACAACCACUCCACGCCCUGCAGCAAAUCCAGGAUCAACAGCCACAUGAUGGAAAAUCAGAAAAUCCAAGCCCUCAGAUGUACCCUUCGUCUUUCUCAUCUCGCACCACUCCUCUGUCCCAGCAACAGCAAAACUUUGGCUCUCUCUCCUCCAAACUCUCCCUGCCCAACUCCACCACCACCCCCAUGCUUUUGCAGCAGAUCCAACCUGUCUUUGCCACCCAGAACCUGGGAUCCCAGGCUUCUCUACCUGGUAUGCUGGUUCCUGUGCGGAUCCAAACCCAUGUGCCAUCAUUUGGUAGUGCUAUGUACACCAGUGUUAGUCAGCUGAUAGCUACACAUGUUAGUGGAGCACAAGGGGUAGGCUUAGUUAGGCCGGGCGGUGCUGACAACACCAACAUGUCUCCACCGGUUGGUGUUGUGAGUGCCAGCAAACCACAUGGAGGAAUUGGAGCAGGUUUCAAUCUAUCGCAUUUCUUGGGACAGACCGAUGGCACAGUGCUGCGCUACCCACCCUGGAAGGUACCAGAUUCACUGCCGGAGCAACGUCUGAACACAGGGAUCCCACUGUCACUGACGUCAGGCACCAUAUCCACCACAGAUGCCUCAGGGUCUGGCAUGGGUGGCAGCAAGCGCAUGCUUUCCCCCGCCAGCUCUCUGGAGCUCUUCAUCGAGACUAAGCAGCAGAAAAGAGUGAAGGAGGAAAGGAUGUAUGGACAGAUUGUUAAGGAGAUGAGCGCCGUGGAGCUGAGUGGAACUGAAAGCACUAACAAGCCUGAGAAGGUCCAGGGCAGAGGUCAGCGAGCCCGUCUGAAGAGUGAAGGCUCCAUGGAUGACUCUGAGAGGAUGUCCUCUUCUCCACCGUUAAGCGACUUCCCUGUUGCCACCAAGAUUACCAUUCCCGUCCGUUCUUCUGCCCCCCACCUCCCUGAUGUACCGCGGGCCGAGAGCUUCACCCCUCCGCUCCAGAUUGUCACAGACCGUUCCCCGGUUUCAGGUGGACGGGACUCCCCAGAGGAGCUUGACGUGGACGAUUCAGGUCCAGAGCCCAACUCUAGCCCCCAGUCCAUGGUCUCCUCCAACGAUGCAGAAGAUACUGACAACACAAGGCAGCCUGCACCAGGUGAAAUCCCUGUCAGCAUGCUGGUUCAGCCAGCUCCUAACCAAAGCGCAGGAUUAUCCGGAACAGUGGGCCAGAAUCUGCUACUCACGGAUGUGGCUGAUGUCCAGCAGUUUUUCCAGUUCCCUAGCCUGCGCACUAUGAGCAGAGUCAGCUGGUGUUUCCUGAAAUACACCAAACCCAACAGCACCCAGGCUGGUCUGCGUAGCUCCGUCUACAGUUCAUGGUGUGUAAACUCAUACAAUCCCAAUCCUCUGAACCUCAGCACCAAGGCUGCGCUGGCCCUGCUGAGGUCCAAACAAAGGAGAAACACCGAUUCGAUGUGCACAACAGCAGCCAUGUCACCACCCAGCUCUGGAAAACUGGUGUCAUCUGUGGCCUGGAAGCUGAGGUUUGAUCAGUUGAAGCCAGAGCUGAUGCCUGUUGAUGUCAGUAAUUUUGGGCGGAAGAUGAAGGGAGUGGUGUCGUGGGACCGUUCGAAAGAGGAGCAGGUAGAGAAGGAGGUCUCAGUGAAACAGCCCGCCACUGAGCCGACCCGCAUCAAGAUCUUCGAAGGCGGGUACAAAUCCAACGAGGACUAUGUUUACGUUCGCGGUCGCGGUCGAGGGAAAUACAUCUGCGAGGAAUGCGGCAUCCGCUGCAAGAAACCCAGCAUGCUGAAGAAACACAUCCGCACGCACACCGAUGUCCGGCCGUACGUCUGCAAGUUCUGCAACUUCGCCUUCAAGACCAAAGGAAACCUGACAAAGCACAUGAAGUCUAAGGCUCACAUGAAAAAGUGUCUGGAGUUGGGAGUGUCAAUGUCUUCGGUUGAGGACACCGAGGCAGACGAAGGAGAUGCCGGAGAUGAAGGCCAGAGGUCUUCGGAGAAGAUCUCCAGAGCGGCGAUGGCGGAGCACCAGUUCUCGGAUGCAGACGACUCAGAGGGUGGCGAGGAGGACGGUGAUGAGGUGGACGAUGAAGACGACGAAGAGGACGACUACGACGGCGACUCCACUCCAAAGACUCGUUCACGCUCCACCAGCCCGCAGCCUUACGGCCUGCCCUCCCUGUCCAUCACGGCCGUGGCUGCGUCCCACCCUUCUCCUCACUUGUCUCAGCAUUCUGCGUCCGACCUCCUGGGAAACACCAACAAGCCUCCGCUGUUUGGCUACUUCACCACCGUGCCGAGUAUCCAGAUCACAUCGCAGGCUCCGCCCAGCGACCCGGCCGGGAGGGAGCGCGGUCAGGAGUACCAGCGAGGCCUGCAGAGGACGCUGGGUAGCAGGCUCCUGGUUCCACCCUCCUCCUCCAUGGACGAAGACCUCCCCGUCCCCUCCCCAGACCUCUCCUCCCCCUCCUCCCGCCUGUCCUCGCCGGGGCUGGACCACUCCGGCUGCCCGUCCCCCAUUUCCCCUUCCUCCUCACCCUCAGCCCGCCGGUACCUCUCCCCACGUCGCGACCUCUCGCCCCGUGCCAGACACCUCUCACCCCGGCGGGACAUCUCUCCUCUGCGUCACAUCUCCCCGAAAAGGGACCUGGGUGCGGCAGGGGGAUAUCGGCGAGACCUCUCCCCCAGGAGGGGGCACCUUUCGCUGCUCUCACCUCUCUCUCGACCCACGUCUCCAGCAGGAAUAGACUACAAGCGUGACCUUUCACCACGAGGCCGCCACAGGGGGGUGAUCCGGCCACUUUCUCCUCGCCGAGGGCUCCACCAACACCUCCACCACCAAAGCCAGCAGAGCGGAGCGAGGGGCUUGAGACCGAGUCAUCAGAGUGGGGUGUUGGGUCAGGGAGAGUUCGGCCCUCUGGGACGUCGCAGAACCGGCGCAGAAAUGGAAACGGAACAUUGUCCAGGUUCACCGUCACCAGGGGAACAGGACCAGGCCAGUAGCCAUGGUAACCAGUCCAGCCCACCUCAACAAGUCCUGUUCAGUCACCUUCCUCUCCAUUCUCAACUCCAGGUGCGUUCGCCCUACCCGAUGAUCCCCAUCGGAGGCAUCCAGAUGGUACACUCCGUCCCCACGUCCGUCACCACCCCUCUGGCCCAGCAGGGGGCGCAGCAGGCCGCGUCCCGCCUGCAGAAGAGCACGUCAGAGGAGUCCACCGCCAGCGAGGCCGCCUCCCCACAUUUCACCUCCUUCAUCGAGAGGGGAGGACGGGGAGGAGAAGGAGGAGAGCGGGUGAGGGAGUCGUCGUCGCCUCACCCCUCCUCGCAGGAGAAGGACAGAGGGGGGGUGAGGCAGGUGCAGGAGCAGGAGGAGGGCAUCCGGACCUGCACCAAGGCCAUUGCCUCGCUCUGCAUCGACUCCGAGGAGCCCGCAGAGAGAGGGGGAGGAGGAGGAAGCCGAGGGGAUGAAGGGAAAGAUGGAGGCAGAGCUCCCUCCUCCUCCUCCCCUUCUGUAUCAUCGCCCGACUCCCAACAGCAACCGCAUCGCUCGCCACCCUUCUCCAUGUCGCCACCAUCUCCUCACCCCUCGCCCUCUCCUCCUGGGAUUCAGCACUUUAGCGGCCUGGAGCUCAGGCCUCUCCACCCCUCGAUCCCUUCCUCCCCUCACUCCUCCUCCCCCUCCUCCUCCUCCUCCUCCCCUCACCCUCCCAGCCCCGGAUCCGACACGUCCAAAGCUCUCAAGCUGGAGAGAGACAGGGAGGCAGAAAGCACAAAAAGAAGCAAGGACGUGUCGUAGGGCUGCAGAAGAAGAACGAGAGGAGGAGAAACAACGGAUUUCUUUUUUUUGUUUUUGGAUAAUAGGAAGGGAUGAAGUGCAACAGAGAGAGAAAAAUGACUUUUGCACACUUUACACACGUAUUUCUUCUAAUUCAGUUGACACACACACACACACACACACUCUCUCUCUCUCUCUCUCUCUCUCUCUGACAUACAUACAACGCAUACAAAGAAACAGCUCUCGUCAAAAAAAAAAA